GUCUCAAUAUGCAGCGGUGUACAGUAAGAAAUCGUGUCCUCAAAUACACAUACGGUAUUGAAAUUAAGUCAGAAUGGAAACCAGGAGACCCGCCUCAACGUCGCACUGCUGAUGGUCGCAUAAACAUCUUCAAACGUCUUGCUCAGCGUGGCAUGGAAGUAUCUGCCGAUUCUAAAUUUGGAUAUGAAUUGAUGCCAACAUCUCCUGAUCAGACAGAAAUGAAGAUUGACAUAUACACCACUUGUGAAGAUACAGCAAAAUAUUGUGAUGACCCUGGCGUGAAGCUGCUUGGAGUUCUGUCUAUUAAGUUACCUAACGCUAAUCUCGGACUUGCUCGGUCGGUAAAUUUUAGCCUUAUGUUUGGAAAAAUGGAAAUAGAAGCACAGGCUAAAGACACACUGACUGGGAAUACAUAUGAAACUUCAUUCGCUCUCUCUCUAUAA